AUGCAGUUCCAGAUGGAUCCUGGACUUGUCUCUCUUCAGUAUGUCGAAGGUUUGGGUUGGUGCCUCCUUGCAGACGUCAAGCCGCUGCAUGACCUUCGCAUGGAGCGAUGCUGCCUUCAACUGGCUUCGCCUUCGGCGCCACAGCUGCUGUACAUCCGCCGUGAUGCCGACAUCUUCGGUUUGUGGUCGCCUGUGAUUGGCCCAGCACCUGGUCCGGUGGUAACGCCGCAUCAGGAAGUGCCGGCUGUGCUCGCGAACGUCUGCGACCAAGGGUCAGCGCUCUUUACACCAGUGGUGUGCUCGUCGGUCUUGGACAACUUGUGCAAUUAUUUCUCCGCGGACUGGCGUGAUGGGAUGAAUAGCGGUUUUCAUCGCUAUCCAUAUUGGGGCAUGAGCACUGUAGAGGACCUUGUAACGGCUUUGAGGUUGUGGCACGAUAUCGCAGCUUGCUCGAGCACAUGCCGUGCUUGGCAUGCAGCCUUGAAGCCCUUCGCAAAUCCAAAUGACCUUUGCCGCCGCGCCUUGCGCCUCACACUUCUGGCACCUGCUACCUCAGGGCUCAGGUCCUCGUCGGUACGCGACGCGGUUGAUCUCGUGGCCAUGUUUGCCCAGAUCUGGUGGCACGGUCGGUGCAUUGUUGACAUGCCAAGCUUCCAGCUUCGUGCAUGGCCCGUACUGGUUUCAUCAGUUGAACUUCAAAGUGAACUCAGGGAAGAAGAGGAUGAUGAUUUGUUUGACGGACCUGUGGGCACCUUGUUGAAUCAUCAUGCACCACAAAUGAUGGACUUUGCCAAGAAGAUCCUGCCUCUACCUCUGGCCUGGAAGACGAUUCCCAGAACUUUGGGAGUUCAUUCCAUGUCCGCGCAGAGAUUUGCCAUUUGUGAACUGACAGAAAGCGAUUCAACAAAAGAUCAAUCUAGUGCUGCAGCUGUUCAAGUGGACGAAGAAGGAAACAUUCAGCUCUUGGCGCUUGACGGUGCUAGGCUGCUUCCCAUCGCCGAUGAGACGUUAAGUUCUGUGAUGGGCUUGCAGUACGUGGCUUCAACGAGUGGUUUGCACACCAGGCGGGUGCGGCCUGUUCCUGCCGGUGCACCUUGUGGGACUCCUUACUGCAGUAGAGAUGAGCGUGACUGUCCAUUUUGCAGAGAUCGUCUCCAGGGGCGACUUGGAGCCUCUCAGCUCGGGGGCCGCUUCCGCCUGAAUUUCCUUGCGGCCUCGAGGGUCAUCAUCCUUGAGAUUUGCUUUGAGGUGCCAUCCUUCUUUGCCACCUCGAAGGACUCAGAUCUCCUGGACCAGUUGCGACAGCUCCUUCCCUGGAACGUUGAAGGCUCUGACAAUGAGGAAGUUGAGAGUUCAGCUGCCUACGCCACCGACGAAGAUGAGGAUGAGGAUGAUGACGCUGCGGAGGAAGAGGAGGAAGAAGAGGAGGCAGAACCUGAGGCCAUGGCCGGCGAGACUCCAAGUGCAGGCGGUGAGAUGCCUGAAAGCCAGCAGUGA